GAGCGGCUCCCGCGGGGAUGCACCGGCGGCGCCGCCCGGGGCCGCGGGAUGAACCGGCGGCGCAGCGCGGAACUCCCGGUGGCGGCCGCGGCGCCGGGGGGAAGGAGUUGCCUGGGCGCGGGCCGCGGUGCACCCUGGUUUGUGUUCCGGGCGGAAGCGGCGCGGUGCUGCGUAAGGCGGGUGGGCGCGAUGCCGGAUUACCUGGGAGCCGACCAGAGGAAAACCAAGGAGGAGGAGAAGGAGGACAAACCCAUCCGCGCUCUGGAUGAAGGAGAUAUUGCCUUGCUGAAAACAUACGGGCAGAGCACGUACUCAAGGCAGAUCAAGCAAGUAGAAGAUGAUAUUCAACAACUGCUUAAGAAAAUCAAUGAACUCACUGGAAUCAAGGAAUCCGACACUGGCUUGGCUCCUCCUGCCCUUUGGGAUCUGGCUGCAGAUAAACAAACUCUCCAAAGUGAGCAACCAUUGCAAGUUGCAAGGUGCACAAAGAUCAUCAAUGCAGACUCUGAGGAUCCCAAGUACAUUAUCAAUGUCAAGCAAUUUGCCAAGUUCGUGGUGGAUCUCAGUGACCAGGUGGCACCUACUGACAUAGAAGAAGGCAUGAGAGUUGGGGUGGACAGAAACAAGUACCAAAUCCAUAUCCCCUUGCCUCCAAAGAUUGAUCCCACAGUCACCAUGAUGCAAGUAGAAGAAAAACCUGAUGUCACUUACAGUGAUGUUGGUGGCUGUAAAGAGCAGAUUGAAAAGCUGAGAGAGGUGGUCGAAACCCCUCUGCUUCAUCCUGAAAGAUUUGUGAACCUUGGAAUUGAGCCUCCCAAAGGAGUGCUUCUGUUUGGGCCACCCGGCACAGGCAAAACCCUCUGUGCCCGUGCUGUGGCUAACAGGACUGACGCCUGCUUCAUCAGGGUGAUUGGAUCUGAGCUGGUGCAGAAAUAUGUGGGAGAGGGAGCUCGAAUGGUUCGUGAACUCUUUGAAAUGGCCAGAACUAAAAAAGCUUGCCUUAUAUUCUUUGAUGAGAUUGAUGCCAUUGGAGGUGCUCGUUUUGAUGACGGAGCCGGGGGUGACAACGAGGUGCAGCGCACCAUGCUGGAGCUCAUCAACCAGCUGGAUGGGUUUGACCCCCGGGGAAACAUCAAAGUGCUGAUGGCCACAAACAGACCCGACACUCUGGACCCAGCACUGAUGAGGCCUGGCAGGCUGGACAGGAAAAUAGAGUUCAGCCUGCCUGAUCUUGAGGGGCGAACUCACAUCUUCAAGAUCCACGCUCGUUCGAUGAGUGUGGAGAGGGACAUCAGGUUUGAGCUGCUGGCUCGGCUGUGUCCUAACAGCACAGGCGCAGAGAUCCGCAGUGUCUGCACAGAGGCAGGAAUGUUCGCUAUCCGAGCGCGCCGGAAAAUCGCCACCGAGAAGGACUUCCUGGAGGCAGUGAACAAAGUCAUCAAAUCGUACGCGAAAUUCAGUGCUACUCCCCGCUACAUGACCUACAAUUAAUACCUGGGAAGGUUCUUCCUGUCCCCCCAAAACUUUCUCUGGAACAAAAGUCCAAGAGUAGUGAUUCAUGUUUUGUUCUUGGAAACUAGAAAUAAAUGGAGUGUUCCAAGCAGUA